AUGGGAUCUCAAGACGCUGGCGCCGUUUACAGCGGUGCGGUCCCUGGAGUCGGUGGUAGAGGUGGUGGUGGUGAUGGUGGUGAUAGAGGCGGCCGUGGUGGCAGCGGCAGGAGAAGCAGCAACACCAGCCAGACCAAUGGCGGCGGCUACGCACGCCGCGAGCCUGAGAUGGAUGGAUCUGACGAGGAACCACCAUCCAAGAGACUGCGGUUCGGCGCUUCACCCCUAAUAAGAAGCAGCGAGGAAACACCACAUCCCCGGAAGGAACGCUCCCUAGCCAACCUGUACUCCGUUUUGCACCCGCACAUCAUCAUUGCUAUUGCACCACUGUCAUUCGAUAAGUUUAACCGGGCCGAAAUUGCAGUUCAAGCUGGUCAUAUACUGGCUAAGGAUGCUCAGUUUCUCUCUUUACUUAAUGGCGGUGAGGUGGCGCGGCAAAGGCGAACACAAGAAGUGGUUGGUCAACUCUGCUUGUUGCCUCAAUAUCACAGAAAUGGUGGGCCUCGGCCUAAGGCGCCUAAGCUCAUCAAACAAGAACCAACAGCAUUGCCAAGUACUAGCAUGCACGGAAUCCCGGCCGCCCCAACAACAGUCACUGGAGCUUCUAGAGCGCCUAAACACCAAACACUCCCCUUUGCUGCUCCGGCAAGCCUUCCAAAUCGUUUCAACCGCCCUCUGAGAAACCCCUACCGGCCCCGCGCCAAGAGGGAAACUUCACCACGCCCUCCUCCUCAAUGGGCCCAAUCAGGACAGCGUCCAUAUCUCAGCUGGUCAGAACGCGAUGCCAUUCAGCGAGGAAAACGGCUUGAGUUUUUCAAGGCAAAAUCGUUAAGUGGUGAACCGGCCGUCUAUCAUGUUGAUUUUUCGACCGCCGAAAUUGCCACCAUGAUUGACGAGAUGAAACUUUAUCUUCAGAUGGCCAUCCCACACACUGCCAUCGCAUUACGACAAUUGUGUGACGAGUACCCCGUUGCCCUGCUUAUGGAGGGCAAACUGCCUGGUCGCACGGAGCAAGAUAUUCGCAAAUUUUGCUCUGAUCUUUUCGCUGAUCAAGCUACCGACAGCAGAGGCGCUAGAACUCUGCUACUUCAAGGAGAAUCUACACCACAGCGCCAGGAACAGCAGCGGGACGCGCUGGUGUCAUCGCUGCUGUUUGCUCGCGAACUGGAGGGCAAUGCCGGCAUGGGUCGGACAAGGCGCUUUGUCAACUUUCAGGCGUCUUUCAAGCAGAUAUACGAGGAUGGUCUCAGCCUCGCUGCCGAGUUCACAAACUGUGCUGGUGACAUUUCAACUAUGACUUGGGUCCCAAAUCAGAACAUUAUCUGCGGCACAACGGCGCACUCUGAUGCUCAUAAUCAGCAAUACAAUAAGCCGGGCAACCUGCUUCUAUGCUCGAUAUCAAAGGGUGUUUUGCGUGCCUUUCCAGACCACAGAAUUCCCCGGCCGCUUGUCCCGAAAGGUGAGAAUUCCACCAUAGCCAUGCGCCAGAGCCAAGAUCCGUGGAUCUACUCGUCGGUGGUGUCGUCAGAUUAUGACAACAUACACGGCUUGGCUUAUACCUCAAGUUUUGACUGGACGAUCAAGGCAUGGAAGGUGGACCAGGAUGGCAGCUCCAUGGAAGCCGUUGCGACGUUUAAACAAAACGGAAACGUGAACUUCGUCGCUGUGGCUCGUGAUGGCUCUGGGCGCGUUGCUGUGGCAGCGGAUGCGAACACCGAAGCUGUCCGUAUCUAUACCAUGGACCCUACCAACAUGACUGAGAGCCCGUAUUAUACCAUUUCUUGCUCUCGAACCGACGCGAACGGUUCCGACAAAUGGGCAUACUUCCCGGCGACAGUUCAAUGGGGCAUAGCCCCCGGAACACAGCAUCUUCUCCUUGUCGGGUAUUCCCCUCGCAGCUUGACCGACGAUGAGCAAGACAUCCCGGACGAUAAGCAGCAAACAGGCGAGAUUCUGCUCUGGGAUGCACGAGAUCGCCGUCUGUUACCUGUGCUGACGGCAACUGCGGCAAACGUUUUCGAAGUGGCGUGGCAUCCGACCGUCUGCGGCUUCGUUGUUGGUACAUCUCCUGUCGGCCUCCACAUCGACCAAGGCGUGCGUACACAGGUCCACGUCUUCGGGCAAGACAGGAUACAGCACCCCGACGGCGCGUACAGCGAGCUCAACAAGCUCGACUGCUUCGCCUCUGACAUCAACGAGCUUACCAUUGUUUCCAACUCGAGGCAGAGCGCCUACGUCACCGCCGCCUGCACUGACGGCAACGUGUACGUGUGGGACAUGGCGCAGGGCGACAAGCCGAUCCACGUCCUGCGGCACGGCGGCCCGCUGGAGGGUCUCCUGCGCGCCGAGGACCGGGAGCGCGAGGACACGGGCGUCAAGUUCACGGCGUGGGGCAGAGAUCUCACCCGGCUGUACACGGGCUCCAGCGACGGCGUUGUCAAGGUGUGGAACGUCCGCAAAAAAAGCAAGCCGUUUGUGCGCGACCUGCUGCGCGCCCCCGCGCCCAUCUCCUGCGGCAGCUUCUCGCCCGACCGCAGCAAGCUGGCCGUCGGCGACGCCACCGGUCGCCUCUUCCUCUUCACAGUGACUAAGGACGAGAAGCUUGAGGAACAGUUCACCAUGACCCUGCCCGGCACGGGUCGAGUCGUCCGCCGCCCGAAGCCAUUCACGCCACACCCCGAGCCGCCGCCGCCGUCCGCACCCGCGCUCGACCCUGACGUCAUGGCGCUCGACAACGUCGACGACGAGGACGAAGACGUGGACGAGGCGACGUACGCGCGCCGCAAGUACCUCGACACGCAGCAAGUGACCAUCCACGCCAAUCCCGUCGUCGGCGCCGUGCAGGGGCCGCGAUACGCCGCCUCGGGGCUCUUCCUGCGCGAAGCCCACCUCGACGACGACCCCGCCGCGCCGCUCCUCGCAAAGUACGAUCACCUGCAGCAGGAGAGCCGCCACAGCGUGCUCGGCGCCGGCGGGGCCAACUGCCGACGGCGCUCCAUGCGGCGGCUCGUGGCGCCGACGACCGAGGAGCAGCGGCUGCACGCCGACAACCUGGCGCGCGACUUUGACCCCGCCGCGCUGGACCGGGACGACCUGGAGGAUCUGGUGCGCGCGGGCGCGCUGCUGCACCUCGCCGACGAGGCUGAGGAUUGGGGCUUUGAGUAUGAGGGCUCGCUGCUGCCCGACGAUGACGACUGUCCGUCGGAAUCCGAAUCGGAUAUUGAAUAA